AUGUUCAAGAAAUAUAAGAAUCAAGACCUGGACAUGGCAUUCUGGUGGAAGAAGAAUCCAAAGACUUCAUCAGAUUAUGUCAAAUUGAUUAGUAACCAAUUGGCUAAGAUUGCUGCUUCUUCCUCAUCAUCAACAGUUUUAUCAACAUCAUCUUCUCAACCAAACUCAACAAAUGCAAUUGCUGCAUCUAAUUCAUCAAUGAAUCCAUCCUCAUCACCGAACUCAACAUCUGCCACUUCUGAUAGUAAUAAAAAACUACAGGAAGAAUGUUCCAAGUACUUAAUAGGUUUAAAACAUUUCAUAUUGGCAGAUACAGAUCCACAUCCAUCACCAGAGGCAAUAGAUGAAUUAUAUACAGCAAUGUUCCGUUCUGAUUUAUUUUAUGAUCUUAUAUUACAUAUCCCAGAUUUAGAAUUCGAAGCAAGAAAGGAAGUAAUGAUUAUCUUUGCCAUUUGUUUAAAUUAUUCUAAGGAUAAUAAAUUUGUCACAGUAGAUUAUUUCAUUCAACAACCGAAAACAAUAAAUUUAAUGUUAAAAAUUUGUGAAUCUUCAUUACAACAAAAAAGAAGUGCAUCUCAUGAUGUCUUCCUCGUAAUUGGUAAUAUGAUUAUUGAAUGCAUCAAAUAUGAACAAUUAUGUAGAAUUAUCUUAAAGGAUCCUCAACUUUGGAAUUUUUUCGAAUUUGCUAAAUUAGCAAAUUUUGAAAUUAGUACACAAUCAUUACAAAUUUUAAACGCUGUCUUCACCACUCAUUCUAAAUUGGUUUCAAAAGAAUUCUUUAAUAAUUCAAAUAAUAUAAUAAAUUUCAUUAAACGUAUUAAUAAAUUAAUGACUCAUGGAAAUUAUGUGACAAAGAGACAAAGUACGAAAUUAUUAGCAUCAUUAAUAAUUCAAAGAAAUUUUAAUCAAUUAAUGAAUACUUAUAUUAAUGCCCCAGAAAGUUUAAAAAUUAUAAUGAAUUUAAUGACAGAUAAAUCGAAAAAUUUACAAUUAGAAGCAUUUAAUUGUUUCAAAAUACUGAUAGCGAAUCCAAGAAAAUCAAAACCAAUAUUAGAUAUCUUAAUUAAGAAUAGAGAAAAAUUAUUGAAAUACUUUGAAACAUUCGGUCUAGAUAAUCAAGAUCCUGUUUUCCUUAAUGAAAGAGAAUUUGUCAUCGAUAGAAUUGAAAAUUUACCUCGUAUAAUUUCUGCCAAUAUAGAUCCAUCAUCCUCAUCAACGAUGGCAAACAAUCCAAAUAUAAAUUUAAUGAGCUCUUCUCCAUCAAGUCAUAAUACAACGGGGAUUCUAUCACCAAUGAACACAGCAAAUAUUACAAAUACAACUGCAUCAUUGACUACACAAACAGCAACACCAUCAUCACAUAAAUUGGCCAAUUUAUCUUCUCAUUCACGUGGUGGUGCUGCAAUUUCAAACACUUCUGUUGCAAAUAUCAUUAAUAAUAAUAACAGCAAUGUAUCCGAGAAUAUCAACUCGAUUAAUCACACUAGUCAUACUAAUCAUAAUCAUUCAAGUCACAAUCAUGGCCAUACAAGUCAAGAUAGUCACCUCAGUUAA